CUCCGCAUGUUACUGCUGCUAUAAAUUUAGUGGAACGUAACCAUUCAUCUACUUCCUUAAAAUGUUUCCAAUAUAAUUUUCUGGAUUUUCAUUCUUUCGCUUUUGUUGAAUUGUCACAUAGAACUAAAGUGUUUAUAAAACUUUCUUAUGAAUAACACAGAUAAAACAUUCAGUGAGAGCGGAAAAGAAGCCGCUAGUGCCAACUAUUCUGUUCAAGCUGAAGCACCACCUGCACCAGACAUGAAACGUUCAGCAGCAAAGCAGUUGAUAGAGGUGUAUUAUUCCCAGCUUACAGACGGUUGUGGAAAUGAUCACUGUAGCAACGUUCAUUGUGCCUCCUCACCUUACUUUGAACUCAGGGGGAAAGAUUGUAAUGCUCUUGCCGUGAAAUCAAUUGAUCUCUACAAAGACAAGGCACAGCUUUGUGAACAAAACAAGAACAAGAUUCCACGUAAUGACGAACUUGUGGUUCCCGGUCCUUCUUCCCAGAAGAAGCCAGAGACUAGUGUGGUUCCAAAGACGUUAUCGCUGACAGAUGGUGUUGUACAAGAACAUGCUACUGCUUCCACUUCAAAUUCACCCCUUGGCGCAUUUCCAAAAUCAAAAACAGCAAUAGCGACAGUGACAAAAGAAACAGUAUUUUUGAACAAGGAAAAAUUAGACUCCAUUCUGGAUGAAUGUAAGGAGAUGCAUUCUUGGUCAUCACUGGUCAAAACGAUUGGUCUUGUGUUUUCCAACCCAGAUACUCUGCUCCAAAGUUUUCAGUGCAAAGAGCGGGAUGAUCAAAUGGAAGUAGAACACAAUGAGUUUAUUGAUAUACGAAAAACAAAAGCGCAGACUUCGACUCAAGGAACUAAGAUAAAUGUUGAUUUAGAUUCCCUAAGAGAGGCAUAUAGCUCACUGGUUGGCAUUCCAGAUCUGCCAUUCCAGAAUGCACUCAUUAACGCCAUAGUGUCUUUGUCAAAAGCCAUUGUGUUAGAUUUAAGGUAUAACAAACCAAUAGAGAAGUGUCCGAAUUACCUGAACAUCUUUGUGAUCAUUAUGGAGAUCCCACUUCUACAUAGCCCCGAGUUUAUUGACUCCGCCUACCCUGAGUUCUGUAAAGCCCUCGGUCGGGUACCGCUUGCAGGGCAAAGUGAACUAGCUAAGUACUGGUCAAAGUUUAGUGCAGAAAGACUUCAGGAAAUGGUGCAGUCAUUACAACAAUUGAUCACUGUGAAGUUGUGUGACGCGGAUGAAUCCCGAUGGUCAAACGGAGCUCAUUUGAAUGAUGAUGAAAUCAUCACUGGCCCAGUUCGUGUCAUGAAAAUUCUUUAUUAUGCAAGUUUAUAUGGUGGCGUCAGAGAUUCAAUUGAAAUGCUAAAAACAGAGCAAAAGAUAGUUGAAUCUGAAAAUGAACUUCAAUCAGAAUUGUUUGCUGGUGCUGGUGCUGUUGGCAUGGACAGAGAAAUCAAAGAGAUCAGGCAAGCCAAUGAAGACCCUCUAGGAAAAGAAUUGGGAGUGCGGGCUGCAGACUGCAGAAAACCUCUUGUGCCCUUUGAAGAUUUUGUAAAUGAACUACUGAAUGAGAAAAUCAGUGUAGAGACAGACUAUAAGUAUAAGCUUGAGAGUGAAGGCGAAGACUUAGCGCAUACGGCGCAAGUAAAGUUCUCCUUCGCUAACCAUAGUUUCAUACUGAACAUGCCCUCCAAACAGAUGAGCCUGUACCUGGACAGUCGUGUCCAGAUGUACAAGGAAAGGCGGUCAUCGGUCAUUCAGACGCUCAUUCAUGGAUGGGCCAUGAUGCCGUUUCUACGGUUACGAGUGUCCAGGAACUCCUUAAUCAAUGAUGCGCUGGUUGCUUUGGAGAUGAUAGCCAUGGAGAACCCGGCUGACCUCCGCAAGCAGCUGUAUGUGGAGUUUGAGGGGGAGCAGGGGGUGGAUGAGGGAGGGGUGUCAAAGGAGUUCUUCCAGCUCAUUGUUGACGAAAUCUUCAAUGUGGACUUUGGGAUGUUCACCUACAACACUGACACACACACAUUCUGGUUCAACUCGAUGUCCUUCGAAAAUGACGGCCAGUUCACUCUGAUUGGCAUCGUGUUGGGUUUGGCUAUUUACAACAGCACCAUUGUGGACGUACACUUCCCGCCAGUCGUUUACCGCAAACUGGCUGGAAAACUGGGAACCUUCGCUGAUAUGAAGGAUGUUGAUCCGACGCUUGCCCAGAGCCUGCAUGAGAUGCUGGACUAUGGUGGGGAGGAUUUUGAGGACGUGUUUAUGCAAACAUUCCUCAUCAGCUACAAGGACGUUUUUGGCUCAACAAUCACUCAUGAGCUUAGAGAGAAUGGCGACUCUAUACCAGUCACGCAGGAAAACAAGAGGGAGUUUGUGGACAUGUAUGCAGACUUCAUCUUAAAUAAGUCCAUAGAGCGUCAGUUUAGGGCAUUUAGAAGGGGCUUUGCCAUGGUGACCAAUGAGAGCCCUCUAAGGACAUUGUUCAGACCAGACGAAGUGGAGCUGCUCAUUUGUGGUAGUGAGGACUAUGACUUUGUAGCCCUUGAAAAUGCCUGUGAUUAUGAUGGUGGAUUUGACAAGAACUCACAAACUAUACGAGACUUUUGGGAGGCAGUUCACAGUUUUACAGACGCUCAGAAGCGUCAGCUGGUUCAGUUUACGACGGGCACGGACCGGGUACCAGUUGGUGGGCUCUCCAAACUCAAACUGAUCAUCGCACGCAAUGGACCGGACUCCGACAGGUUACCGACAGCACACACAUGCUUCAAUGUUCUCCUGCUGCCAGACUACCAGAACAAAGACAAGCUGAAAGAGCGACUCCUCAAGGCCAUCACAUACUCGAAAGGCUUCGGGCUUCUCUGAACACACUGCGUCUGUGAUAUAUUUAACAAUUAACAUCAUGUUUCAACAGGACAAGGCUGGAAAAAACAUAUAUAGCUUUGCUUGUCCAUUGUGCAAAAUAUCUGAUUGCUUUCUUUGUCCUUUAAUGUCAAAUGUUUUAUGAUAUCAAUUAUUGAUAAGGGCUGAAUUCACAAAGCACCUAUGGGAUAUCUUAAGGGCAAAUUUCAGAUCAAAUGUGUCUUGUUCUGUGAUAUUGGGCAAAAUGCAUGUGCGUAAAGUGUCGUCCCAGAUUAGCCUGUGCAGUCUGCACAGGCUAAUCAGGGACGACACUUUCCGCUUUAAUGGUACAUGUAUUUUUCGUUUAAAUGAAGUCCUUUUUUUACCCCAAAUCUAGUUUAAGUGAAAAGUGUCGUCCCUGAUUAGCCUGUGCGGACUGCACAGGCUUAUCUGGGACGACACUUUACGCACAUGCAUUAUGCCCAGUUUUCUCAGAAUAUGACACAAAUUUUCUGUAAGAAAUGUGAUGUUUUUUGCUUACAAAAGGUUAAAAUAUUACUCACCAAAGUAAUAUUAACUCUUUGCUACAUAAAUAUUAUAAUAACUAACAAAAGCAAAUGAAGAAACUUACAGAACUUUAUGAAUUUAAGGAAUGUCCUUUAAUUUUCUGUAAGAAGCUUUGUGAUUACGGGCCCAGAAGCUAAAUAAUGAGGGCUGCCUCUCUCUGUUUGUCUACCAUUACGUGUCCAUGGAUUUGAUAUAAAUUGAUUGAAUAAUACAACCAUGUGCUUUUAUUUUCCACUGAAGGACAGUCCUUGAUUGACAUAUUGCAACUUGGCAAUUUAUAUACUGAUUCCUUUAACCAGUUCAAUUCCUUUGUCCUUGCAUAUGGCAAACUGGGCAAUAUAUGAGUUUAAUUUUGCCACCCUUGCUUUAAAAAAAUUUACAGAUAGAGUCACAAAACUUGUGCAUUGAUUUGAUGUUUUUUUGUUGUUGUUUUUGUUGACGAAAGCUAUUAAGUGUCUAUCAAAUUGUACACUAUUAUUUACACUAUUAUUUAGACAUUGUUCAUGUGCUAUUUUCUUAAUCUAUUUAUUUUAUUGAAAUGGAAAUUUGGUAUGUGCAAAAGAGUGAUUACUUUUGCUUGAUUACAGUGCAAAACGUUCUGUGGCGUCUCAUCUGGAUCCAAACUGUUUGCAAAAGCCUUCAAAAUUCGGUUCCAGCACUGAGAGAGUUAAAUGAUACCACAAACCUUGUGUGACUGUAACAAAUGGCAUAGCUCCUGAACACACUGCGCUCGUGCAGGCUCCAGUCUGGAAACACUCUGGCCGCAUAUAGCAGAACAUUCAUGUUUGCAUGAUGUGGGUCAAGCGAUUAUUUAUCUUUUCAAAAAAUUUGUUUUCCUAGUUUUGCUAACUGCAGGUUUUGCUAACUGCAGUUAAAAAAUUGGUCUUGAUUGGAUUUUUGGAAAAAUAUGCCAUUAUUAUGUUUAUUUCACGGAGAAGACUAGUUGGUUACGGUUUACUUCAAUCAUGCCAGUACGAUAAACAAACUUGCUAGAGAAAUAGUGCACUAGUAUUAAAAACUGAGUUUGGUCAUUAUCCAUUUCUCAUCUGUAAGUUCAGUUCACAAGGGCAACAUUUAAAAUGUUUGCCAAGUUGAAAAUGUGCGUUUUUUCCAUUAAACGUAUGACAUGUAUUUCCAUUAAAUGUAUAAAUGCUCACUUAUCUUGCUUCUCAUAUCGUACUUUGUAAAUGUUUAAUUCAGUGAUUUCUUAUAUGAUGUAUGUGUAUUAUUAAUGAGGAUUCACGAAGGCAUGUCAGGAGCUAUCCUUUCCCCUAUAGUCAUGUGAGGUUUGGUGGUCUCAGUAGCCCACAAGGUAGUUCCUGACUGUGCGAAUGCAUGGCAUUCUGACAAUAAAUACCAGGCAAAUAAACAUUUUGCGUGAAAUAACGAAGCAUAAAGAUUAAGUUCAUACUAGGGUUUGUUUCUGACCAAGUUUAUGGAAGUAUGUGUAAUAGGAUAAACACAUGUGAACCAAUAAUACAAAUUUCAAUCAAUAUUUUCUUACUUGUAUUUCUAUGAACUUAAAAACAAGUCAUCAAACAUGGAAAAAGAUUUGUUUUCCGAAAUUCAAAUUAAACAUUUUAAUUAAUGUACCGUUACUUGUUGAAAUAUUAAAUAUCCACUUAAUGAGUGUUUGGUUUAAUUCCAACUUAAGAUAUAUUUAUUAAUAACAUGUUACAUGCCAUGUUUAUGUUUCCAUACAGUAAAAGUAAGCUGAAGAUUUGGCUGU